GGUUGGACGGCGUCGCUUCCGGUGCCAGGCAGGCGGAGCGCGGCCGACCGGCAUCGGCAGGAAGGAGUCGGAGCUUCCCAAAGCGAUCCUACUAUGGCUGCUACUGUGAAUUUGGAACUUGAUCCUGUAUUCUUGAAAGCUCUGGGCUUCUUGCAUUCAAAGAGCAAAGAUUCUGCUGAAAAGUUAAAAGCACUUCUUGAUGAAUCUUUGUCUAGAGGAAUUGAUUCAUGUUAUCGUCCAUCACAAAAGGAAAUAGAUCAGCCCAAAGUACCCAUUCCAAAACCAGUUUCUGUUAAAACUUCUCCAAGCCUUCCCACAGGUAACACGAAUGGGAAAACCACUAUAGUUGAAAAGGUGAAAAAAGAAGUGGAAAAGAGAAUUGUGGAUAAGAUAAAAGUGGAAAUCAGUGAAGGAAUUGACAUUGCAAAAAAACCAAGACUAGAAAAGCCGGAAGCUCAUUCAACAUCAAUCACAGUGCAAACAAGCAAGGAUUUAGCCAUGCCAGACCUUUCUAGUUUUGAAGAAACUAGUGCUGAUGAUUUUGCAAUGGAGAUGGGUUUGGCGUGUGUUGUUUGCAGACAAAUGACAGUGACUUCUGGAAAUCCAUUAGUGGAGUGCCAGGAAUGUCAUAACCUCUAUCACCAAGACUGUCACAAGCCUCAAGUGACAGACAAGGAAAUGAAUGAUCCACGUGUAGUGUGGUAUUGUGCCAGAUGUACUAGGCAAAUUAAAAAAAUGGCUCAGAAAACACAGAAGCCUUCUCAGAAGCCAGCUCCUGCUGUAGUGUCAGUAGCUCCAGCUGUGAAAGAUCCAAUGAUAAAGAAACCAGAAAUUAAGCUUAAGUUGGAGACUACAUCAGCCUUCCUAGCAUUUAAGAGGACAGAGGUCAAGACUUCAGCAGCAAUUUCAGGGAACUCAGCCGGUGCCAGCGUUUCCUCCUCCUCAACCAGUGGCCUUACAGGAUGGGCGGCUUUUGCAGCAAAAACGUCUUCUGCAGGUCCCUCAACAGCCAAGUUGGGAUCUACAACGCAGAGUCCCAGUGGCAAGCCCGUUAGUGGCCCAAGCAACCAGAAACCCACUGGCUUGUCAGGGCUGGCCACAGCCAAAGCAGGGAUAGGAUCAAAAAUAACAUCUCCCAGUAGCACAAGCCCUGGCCAGCCGAAGCCGUUACCGCCUCUGACGUUGGGGAAAAUGGGUCUUUCUCGGUCUGUGAGCAGCGACAACGUGAGCAAAAUAGGGCUUCCUAAUGCAAGCAGUUCAGCCCCGGGCAGCAGCCCAUCUCUUGGUGGAAAUGGCAGCAGUGUGGCUGCGGCGGGCAGCGGGAGCGGCACUAGCAAAUCGAGUGCAGAAUCGGGCAAUCAGUCCCCAUCACUGAAAGGUCCAACUUCUCAAGAGUCACAGCUCAAUGCUAUGAAGAGGCUGCAGAUGGUCAAGAAGAAAGCAGCUCAGAAGAAACUAAAAAAAUAAUAGCUCUCUUGGUUUAAAAUAGCUAACUCUAUCAUUAUUUUUUAGUCUGCACAGUGCAAACAUGUCUUUCAACUCAGUUGAAUACAGUAAAAUCAGCGAUCUAUA